AUGUCUACCUUCUCUAAAAAUCUUUUUGACGUCCUCGGUGAUGGUGAGGCUCCUCGCCCUGCUGCUCCUGUUAAGGAAGAGGCUCCUGUUGUGAUUGACAAGAAGUCUGUUACCAAGAUCAAUAAGGAUGCUGCUCGUUCUGCCAGAAGUGGUCCCAAGAAGAAUGGUCGUCAACAAAAUGGCCGUCAACGUGGCCGUGAAUUUGAUCGUCAUUCUGGUACUGGUAUUGUUGAUACCAAGAAGAAGAUUGAAAAGGGUUGGGGUAAGGCUGGUGUUUCCGAAGCUGAAGCUGAAAAGGACAAUACUGAUGCUUCCCCUGACAAAGAAGAACAAACUACUCCUGUUGAACCCGAGGAAGUAGUUAAGACUUUGGAUGAAUACUUGGCUGAAAAGGCUAACAAGUCUUUGAAGGUCUCUCUUCCUGAAGCUCGUAAAGCCAACGACGCUGACGAUGCUGCUUUCAAGGAUGCUGUUGCUUUUGUGAAGAAGGAAGAAGAAGAUUUCUUCGUUCCCAAGGAAACCAAGUCUGCUAAGAAGUCUAACGCUGAAAAGCCUCGCAAAGAGAAGGUUUUUGUUGACAUUGAACAACGUUUUGUUGAAAAGCCUCGUAGUGAAUUCCGUAGAAACGACCGUCGUAACGGUGGACGUAACAACAACAACCGUCGUUCUCUCAAGAAGAACGCCGCUGGUCCUGCUAUCAAUCUUCAAGAUGCUUCCGCUUUCCCUACUCUUGGUGCUACUGCUUAA